GAUGGCGAGCGGGAAAAAUAGUGGCGAAACUUUUGAAUCUCUCUCUCUCUCUCUUCUCAGCGCUCCCUAAUCUCCAACGGCUGGAGCAAACUCGCCGGUGACUGUGCUGUUUUUCUCUCGUUUUCUGGAGACUCUUUCGGAACCUAGCCCCAUCUUAGGGUUUUCCAUUUUGUUUUUCAUUUGGUCGAGAGAAGUUCAAGAGCUAGGGUUUCUAAUGAAAUCGGGGCAUCACCAGAAUGGAAGAUCAGAUUCACUCUGCGGAAGACCUGAGCGGUGACAGAAACGCCAGUUUCCACACCGUGCAGCCUCUCCGUGACCUCGAAUCGAAUUGGUCCGUGGAUCUUGCCAAGAACCUUGAAGAGUAUCUGCUCAAGAUUUGCUCCGGUGAGAUUUCCGGAAACGACGGCAGGAACGUGAAUUUUGCUGAAGCUGCUUUGCUGCUUCAAGGUUCAAUUCAGGUGUAUAGUCGGAAGGUGGAAUAUCUUUAUACACUGGUUUUACAUGCUUUGGAGUUCGUUUCACAUACAAGGCAGCAGGAUCAACUAGAGAGAACACCCAUCCAGCAUGAGGAAGGUGGCUCCCAUGUGGUACCUGAUGAAGAAGAUGAUCUGUUUUGGUGUUUAGAUGAUGUACCUGUUGAACCAAGGAAUUGCCUAGAUAGUACCACCAGCAAAGAUGCUUCCUUGAACCAGUUUGUGAAAGCUCCUGCCAAUCUAGUUGUACUUGAAGGUGACGCUACUGGUGAUGGCGGGGAAUUAGAUUCAUAUUUGUUAGCCACCAACGAUCUUUAUCGGGAUUUUAUUCUCUUAGAUCCGUGUGAUGCUGUAGCAGUUGACAGUUUUCUGAAAGGAGAUAAAGAUUCUAAAGGGCUGAAUGGUGACUAUAAGAGCGGCUCUUUAAACUCUAAGAGUUGCAAGAGCUUUCAGUCCCCCUCUAGACGUUCUGGAGGAACUGCUCAUAGAUCUCAUGGAAAGAGCAAUCUUAAUGAACCUUGGGUUGAUUGCAGCUUUGCAGCUAAUGAGGGUAAAAUUGGGCCUGAGCCACCUGCUUUUGACAUUGCCGAAAACAAUGAUGGACAUACAGAUCAUGCAGGAUUAGAUAAUUCAGAUGAUGAUGACGACGAUGAUGACAACGAUGAUCCAUGGAAACCAUUGAAUCCACAUGAAGCUGGGAACUUGAAAGUAAAACCUUUUAAAAAAGUGAAGGCUUUCAGAAGGCAUGGGGUAUGUUCUACUAAGCAUAAUAUUCUUACUACUCAGUUUCCCCUUGCAAAAAUGCAUGGUCCUAUUAGUCCAGAGCUCACAGAAAUAUGGGAGAAACAUCGUGCUUGUGAAAGACAACAAGAACCUCAAACUCCUCCACUUUAUGAGAAGCUGCGAAACUCACUUAUUCAUGGAGAUUCUCAGACUUUUAGUGCUUAUAGUAAUGUUGAGGACAACAAAGAAGAUGGUGGAUAUGAUAGUGGGGUUAAUGAUUUUGGGGAUGAGAUGCCGCAUGAUAUGUACAUGGAUGAUGAUUUACCUCUUCAUCAAGAACAGCAUGAUGAUGGUGCUGCAUGUUUUGAUUCCAUUGACAACUUGGAAGACCUUUGUCGCUCUCAUCUUGAUGCUCUCCUUGCCAACAUUGCUGAAACUGAGAAGCAGACUGAAUUGGCUGCUCGGGUUUCAACAUGGAAACAAAAGAUAGAGCAUGACUUGGAAGAACAAGACUUGCGACCUCCAUUUGAUAUUCAUGAUUAUGGAGACAGAAUUUUGGAAAAAUUAUCCCACAAAGCUGAAAAUGGAAAUGUCAUGUCCUUUAGUGAAGUUGUCAGUGGCCAAGAAAAGCACGAUGUGGCACGAUCCUUUUCUGCACUCCUUCAACUGGUGAACAAUGAAGAUGUCAAUCUGGAUAGGGGUGGAACUGAUGGUGAGUCCGUGUGUUACACAGAUGCAAAUCCUUUCUAUAUUAAGCUCCUUAACCGUGACAAGAGACGGGAGGAAGUGCAGCUCCGUUCAACCAAGAAGAGAGCUAAAUCUCCAACAAAGAAAGAAUGCACCAAGGGCAAGAGGGACAAAUCAGAAAUAGAGAACCGUCCACCUGUUAGUUCAUCGUCAACAACAGCACUUCAACCCCAACCAAAUUGCAAAUUCUCUGUGAAACUCGGAAAAAUUAAUCCCAUUCGAUGCACUCCUGAACGCAAGAGGAGGCGAAGGUCUCGGAUUGCUGAACCGGUUGACUUACAUUCUUCAAGAUGACACGACCCUGAUGAGGCAAGUUUGACUAUAAUCUUCUAUUGUUCUGGGCAAUUUUUCAAACCCCUUCCAUUGAAUUGCUUGGAGUGAGAGAAGGUAGUCCUAGAUUACUAACUAUGUUCAGCUCCUGAUUGGCUUCUGUAGCAUUUUUUUUUUUCUCUCAAGGUAUCUUCUUGUGCUUGUAUCUGUAAGUCAAGUAGCAUUGUAACAACAUAUUUAAUCCGACAGAUUUAGACUAGGUCUUUUUCUUUUCUUCCUUUUUUUUUUUGGCCAGAAAUAAUGUCAGUCAGUCAAUUAACCGAGAAUUUUACACAUCACAGCUCCCCUGUCUCUUGGACCAUACAGAAAUUCCUGACUUCUGAGAAAAACACCCUUCAUACGGCAGCUUAUUGUAAGCUUGGCGGGGUAAUUUACUAUUUCCCGUGUUUACUUCCAA